AUGGAUAAAAAUAAACCGUUUGUGAUACCGAAGAAACGGAAAGUGGAGGUAGCACAGGAAGAAGUUGCUGAAGAUACCUCUCCAUCUCCUUCUCCCGAUGUACCAGAAGGAUACGAAAUCAACGAUGCAACUCCAGAUGAAACGCAACAACUUCUCAAUGAUAUUGCCAAGAAGAACACAAACAAGUCUGGUUGGUCGGAAGAAUGCUGGAAAUUCAUGAAAGCUUCAAAAGUUCAAAUGAUUCGAAACCGGAAACUAGAGCAAUCAUUUGAGUCAUACAAACGAAAAAACAAAAUCGAACAGGAAGUGUUAGAACAUCGUGUUGUGUACGACGACGAUGAAAUCCAGGAUAUUGCUGAAAACGGUUUAUCUGUAGAGAACGACGGAAUAAUAGACAUAGGAGAUCCACGCCAAGGAGUGUUACUCUACACCUCCCCAGCUUUAGCUUACGCUGGCAGAUACUUGUAUACGAAUAUUCCGAUCAUGGUUAUGGUGUUCCGUACAGCCACAAACGGAAAACGAAAUGAAAUACCCUUGAGCUCAGGGAAAGCGCCUCCACCAUCGAAAAAUCACAGCUCCCACGGUUUGAUGAGAACGGAGUUCAACACUAUGAAAUUUCAUCGUUAUCUACUCGAGCAUUGCAUGGCUGGUGUCUAUCACUAUGAAUACAUGCCCAACACGAAUAACGUAUACAGAUAUCCAUCAAUGAUAUUGCCGCAUGCAGUUAUCACAUUCCAGUUAGAUAUGACUAACCUACCGCCACUAAACUCGAAGAAGCCUAGUAAAAUCAAUCGCUCACUACCCACCUUCCAUAUUGAUGAAAUCACUCCACAUACUCUUAUUUUCCCUCAUAAAGACGUUACCGCUCAUAUUUGCGUUCCGCCGGUUUCAAAAGAAGUUCCAUUUUUUUUAUACGACUCUACAGCAACUCCAGAAUUCCGUAGUAUAAAUGAUCUCAGACUAUACGAGGAGCUUGAAAUGCUCCGUACAUCGGACUGUUUCGGCAAAAUACUGAGUUCGAAUGCAGUAGUUCUGACGAAUCUUUCUAUAGCCUCUCAUUACAUUCUCCGUUUCUCAGAAGAGGACAAAAGCUUUGUUGAUCGUAUCAGAAAGUACAAAAUGAUGCUUGUGUGGACCAGAUUUCCAUUUACUGUGUUUUAUCUCCCUCCUGGAGAUGUUUCUGCAGAGUUUGGGUUUCCGUACGUACAGAAUUGCAUGAACUUGAUCGUUCACCGGGCCCAAAUCGGUGAUACAGGCGUACCAGUUCAGGAAAGAUGUCAGGUUCAGAGCAUGUUCUUCUCAGAAGAAACACCAGAUGAGCUGUCAAAGUUUUGGAAUAAAGGCGAAGAGUAUGACAAUGAAAUACCCGAGGUUGAUAAUUUCGAAGAUGGAGUUUACGAAGAUGACUAUGAAGACCCGGAGGCAGACUUACGUAGAGCAAGACAGGCUGAAGAAGCUCAGAGAAGAAGAGAAAGCCAGACUGAAGAAACGGAAGCAUCGAGUGCAGAUAUAGAUGCUAGAAAAAAAGAAGAUGAAGACGUGAAGAGACUUUUAGCGCUUCCUCCCGAAGAAGUUAAAGUCACGGUUUUACACACUACACCAGUUGAUCCUAAUCUUCAGGGAGUUAUAAAAACUGUAACGCAUAAACCGAGAAAAAACCUCGUCUUAAAAUGGACGGAUCAAGCCGAGCUUAAUACUACACCGCGUCCACUCGUCACUACAAGGUUCUUUGAAAAUGAUGCGAGUCCUCCUCAUCAUCUCGACCGAGACGGACUAUCAUUCGAUGAAAAACGAAAAAAUGAAGAGGCGGUCGCACAACUGGUUGCAGAAAAGAAUGAGCUCUUCAAGAAUGCAAUGUCCGGUAACAAUCCUCGCAGAAAUGAUAUGGAAGCGGGACAAUCACCGUCUCAACAGAUGGCAACAUCUCCAGCCAAUACACAUAGCAAUGGAUCUUCUCCGAUGAGUCCUUUUGUGCCUUCUCCGGAUCAGACGCAAAGUCCUCCGAAUUCAUAUAAGCAACCUCCUUCGAACUUCACUGCUAAACCGGUUCAGCCAUCUCUAUCAGCUCUCCCAUUACCAUCAAAUUAUUCUAUGCCGCCUCCGCCAAUUACUAAUGUUCGAACCCCACAAAUCGGAGGUUUGGCACCGUCUCCACAGCUGCCACCAAUGGGAGUUCCACCACCAAACAUGAUGCUCCCACCAACUAGUGUUCCACCUCCAAAUUAUCAAAUUCCGCCGCCGCCAAGAAUGUUGCCAACUUCAGUUCCCCCACCGAACAGAAUGGUACCUCCACCAACUCUUCCACCGCCAGGACUUCUCACUCCAAGUUUGAGCAAAACCGUUCUUCCAACGUGUCUGGUCCCGAAUUCUGGACCUCCACAAGAUCCCAGAAAAGUUCAACAAUCGAAUUUGAGCACAAGCUUGAUUAUGCCUCCAACAGCUUCAACUUCUUCGCUAACGGCGACUAAUGCGCUACCAAGUCCUGGUGCAGAGGAAAAAGGAGAGGAACCUAUGGAUGUAGACGAAGAGGAUAGUUUUCAAACGGGCAGAGAUUCAGAUAGCAACGCACCUGUAGAACAAGAAGAGGAGAACGAUAUCCUUGUUUCGGUUUUCACACAAUCGAUACAAACUCCAAAACCUGUUUUAAAACCAGAUUUAAUUCCCGGAAUUAUUGCUAACGACAUGUCGAAUGCGCCGAACAUCCAACAUCUAAUCAAUUUGAGUAAUAAAAAACGUGAAUCUCAAGACACUGACCUUCGAUCGCAACCUCAAGUCAACUUUCCAAUAAACAAGCCGAAACCUCCAGCAACUAAACAAGUCGUAAACGUUUUGGGUGUCGACGAUGACUAUGAGACUGAAGUUCUUUCGGAGAAAGAAGCUAGUAGUUCACAGGAUAUAGAUUAUAGAAAAUUCGCCCCGGUGGCUUCUCGUCGUGACUCUCAGAAUAGUUUCACAAAGGACCGUGAUGAUCGACUGAAGGAUGUAGACGAUCGUUUCCAAGAUAUCCCAGUGCCAGAUGGAUCGCCAGGCUCAGAAAGUCGUAAGAAACAAAGUCAAAGUAUGCAGGAAAAGUUGCGUGCCAUAAACAAAGUGGCCGAGAAUAAGGUGCAGAAUACAAAUGAACAUCUUGCGUAUCAAGCUCAGAUGGCGCUCACGGCUGAGCCCAAAAAGGAGCAAACCACAGCGCCACGUAAACCUAACAACAGCAUGUUCCCAGCACUGUCCCAGUCCAGGUUCACAUCACAGGGAUUAGUGCAAAAUUCAACAUUGCCUGAGCCGACACCAAGUGAACCUAUUCGAGAACAAACGCCACCAAGAUCGCCCAGUCCGAUUUCAUCACCUCAAGUAGAGGAUUACGUUCCGAAGACUUUCUUGAACACGUCGAAGCAACAAACAUGUAAAAUUGUACCAACUGAAUCGAAAGAAGGGUAUGAAACUUAUCGUGGUGAGCGUCCAAGUUCCAGUUCUACAAAAAGUGAGUCUGCGAAAACUAAUACAAGAAAUAGAAGAGAUUAUGACUCUGUCGAACCCGGUACUUCCGAUAGAAAAGCAACAGAGACAUGGGCUAAUUUGAUGAACAAUCCAGUUAAACAAAAGGAGAAGUCUAAGCAACCUUCAAAUAUCGAAUAUGUCACAUUAGAUGAUGAUGGCGAAGAAGAAGGUGAAUUACGGAGCGGAGAGAGUUCGAGCUCAACGAUGAACAGUUCAGCCCCAAAAAAGGUUUUGAGCUCUCUCGAUGUGCCACCUGGAAUAACAACACGUCAUCGACCACAGGAAGGAAGUUCUUCAAGUUUCCAGAAUAAUCGGCCGUUCACCAAUCCGUCGCCAAGCUCAAUGGUGUUUCUAGAUCACACUUAUUCUAAACAAAUCAACCAAAACAGAAUGAGUGCAUCAAACGAUUACGCUGAAAAAUUGACUGGAUUUGUCGACAAAGACGCUGAGAAUCUGUGCAUCUUUAUCGAUCCAGAAAUAAACGGCGACGCAUUUGAUCCCAAUUGUAUGAAAGCGACUGAUCUCACUAGAUUAUUCAACCUUCUGAACAAUGAGAAUAUGAAAAAGAAGCCAUAUUCGCCACGUGUACACUCGAAAGUUUUCGUUCAUAAAUGUUCAAGUACUGGUAACCUCAAGAAAAAUAACUCGUUUGAACAUCUUUUCAAUAUUAAUACUGGACUUGUUCUAAGACUGCCUUCUCACUCAUGUGAUCUAGAUCCGAAAAAAUCGUGUCUCGCGAGAUGUGCAGCCGUUGUCACCAGAAAGUUGGAAGGAAAACGAGCGAUUUUCUUGACCCACAAGUUCGACGAAUACAGUCAAGAUGGUCGCAUGAUGUUUGAUAAUAAUGUUCGAGUCAUGAGCAUUCAACGAUUUGAGCAAAUGAUUGCCGAAAUCCGAGAUACAUAA